AUGCCCUCAGCCAAUCAGUGUGCUCCCGGGUGGCUCGGGCGCGGCACCAGCUGCUACAAGAAGAUGCAGGUCCCCAACGGUUGGCUAGGCGCCUGGGACCACUGUCUCUCUGAGGGCGGCAACCUGGUCUCUAUCACCUCCUCGGCCGAGGAAAACUUCGUGAAGGCGACCAUGGGCGUGGACACCCGCUUCUGGCUGGGACUCUCCAACCAGGUCUGGUGUCGCUUUGAAGGCAGGAGCCAGAAGCUGACCUGGUCCGAUGGCCAGACAACAACACACCGCAACUGGGCCUCAAAUCAACCCGAAAGCGCCGACGUUGUGUCCUGCGCCUACGUGAACCAAAACGCUUGGAAGGAUCGCGGGAGGUGGAGGUCUGGCUCCUGCGAUUCCUCCUUAGCCUAUAUGUGCAAACGGCCGCUGGCUUCUGACUGCGACGAGGGCAACUUCCUUUAUGGCGAUCAUUGCUAUUUCUUUGCCCCAAUUGAUGAAACUCAAGAGGAUGCCGAGAAGUUCUGUGCCGCCCGGGGAGCCCACCUGCCUAUCAUCCACUCUAAGCAAGAUGCCCAAUUCCUGCAUGAUCACUUUGAAAGACAAAUACCUUGGUUGGGACUCAAGAAGAAGGGCAACAACUACGAGUGGAGUGACGGAACAGCUUUGGACUACGAAGACCUCAUUACCUCAACCUACGGUGGUGACUGUGCAGUAAUAUUUGAUGCAUGGAUCUACCUGAACUUUCCAUGCCAAAACAAGAAGGCAGUUAUCUGCCAAAAAGCCAAGCGCGGCGGAGGGCGUCCACCAUUGGUGGGCCAACCUGACUGGACUGAAAAAUGCGACUGGUGGCUGGACCACCCCUCCAGCGACUUCUGCUACCUGAUCAUCCCACAGCCCACCAAGACCUGGCAGGAGGCGCAAGACCACUGCCAAGCCCACCAAGGGAACCUGCUCAGCAUCGCCGACGCGAUCGAGCAGGCCUUCAUAGAGGGUCAUGUCAAGAGUCAGGCACAAGCGUCCUCUCUGUGGUUGGGCGCCAAUGUCCCACUCGAUGACGAUGACGCCAAAUGGAUUGACGGAUCCUCAUUCACGUUCAAGCGCCAUUGUGAAGGUGACACCGAAGGGGGGCAUUGUCUUUCCUUACUCGCUGGCAGCGGCGACUGGAAGUACGACCCGUGCGGCAACAACAGAGGCUACGUCUGCAAGAAAAGAGGAAAAGGAGUGAAAGCGCCAACUCUUGACGUGCCAUCAGUCAGCGAGUGUGGUACCGGGUGGCUCAAGCACGACUCCAGCUGCUACAAGAAGAUGGCCGACUACAACAGUUGGGUGGGGGCCUGGCACCACUGCGUCUGGGUGGGCGGCAACCUGGUCUCGAUCACCUCCUCGGCCGAGGAAGACUUUGUGAAGAAGACCAUGGACAAGUACACCCCCUUCUGGCUGGGACUCUCCAACCAGAAAUGCGACGACUCCUGGUGUCGCUUUGAAGGUGGGAGCCAGAAGCUGGCCUGGUCUGAUGGCGAGACAAUGAACCACACCAACUGGGCCUCAGAUCAACUCGAAAGCGCCGACGUUGCGUCCUGCGCCUACGUCAACCAAGGGGGAAUGGGUCAGCCUGGGCAGUGGCGCUCUGGCUCCUGUCAUUCCUCGUUGGCCUACAUGUGCAAACGGCCGCUGACUGCCUACUGCGACGACAACACCUUCCACUAUAACGAUUAUUGUUACCGUUACGUGAAGACGUAUAAAAAUUAUGACGAUGCCGAGAAGUUCUGUAAUGCCCGGGGAGGCCGCCUGGCUAGCGUCCACUCUAAGCAUCACUCGCAGACCUCACAAUCUGCUUUGGUGGGACUCAAGAAGACGACGGGCGACGACUACAAGUGGAGUGACGGAACAACUUUUGGAAAUGGGCAGAACAUGGGCGCGAGUGAGCCGAGGAAGGGCGUUGGGAGUCCAAUACACGCAUGUCGUCCGCAGGAGUACAAGGAAUGGGAAAAAGACACCACGGGGAACUGCGCAUUCCCAAAUUCUGUUGGGGAGUUGAGUGGCUCUCAGUGCUCAACGGAGCGGCCAUUCUUCUGCAAAACAGCCAAGCACGGAGGGACUCGACAGCUGCCAUCAUUAGUCGGCCUAGUCAGCUGGACUGACAAAUGCGGCUGGUGGCUGGACAACCCCACCGACAACUUCUGCUACCAGAUGAUCAGCCAGCCCACCAAGACCUGGCAGAAGGCGCAAGCCGAAUGCAAACGCCUCGAAGGGGACCUGCUCAGCAUCACCGACUCGCAUGAGCAGGGCUUCAUACAGAGUAUCGCCAAGGUUCUGAUGGGUGAUGACGUCUCCCUGUGGUUGGGCGCCAACGCCUCCAUCGAGGGUGACGGCGGCAAGUGGGCUGACGGAUCCCCCUUCUCUUACCUCCACUCGAGUGCAGGUGACGUCGAAGGGGGGAAAUGUCUUUCCUUGCUCACUGGCAGCAGUGACUGGAAGCGUGACAAGUGCGACAACAUGAAAGGCUACGUCUGCAAGAAAAGAGGAAAAGGAAAGACAGCAAAACCCCAGCUGCCACAUGACGGCUACAAGGAGAAACUUUUCUGCCAAGUCGGUUGGAACGUCCUUGAAUGUCCCGAUGAAAGAGUCAUCCGCGUACAGUCGGCUUUCCAUGGACGGAGGCGUAGCGACGUCUGUCCGAGUGGCGCCGCCAGAUCAGGCAUGUGUCUUGACAGUCUGGGCAUCGCUGACGGGUCAAUCCCAGACUCCUCCUUCUCAGCCUCUUCCUCUGCGAUCGAUGCCGAACCUCACAAAGCGCGUCUGGGGGGCAGCGGUUGCUGGAGACCCUCCGAAAUGCUCGGCAGCUGGAUCCAGGUGAACCUCGGUCAGAGGUUCAAGGUGACUGGCAUUGUGACCCAGAGCUGUACAUACCAAUUGGAAAGUUCCACCCUAUUUGAGUUGGAGUUCAGUAUUGACGGAGUGAAUUGGUAUCGCCCCCCAGAGCAGCCUUAUCUGGGGACGUACAUGCUAACCAGGCUCGUGUUCGCCAAGUACGUCCGCCUCCUGCCAAAGUUUUAUGGCCUUCACUUUGACGUCUUAGGGUGCACGCCUGACGACACCUCUCGCGACAUCUUCUGCAACAGCACAGGCACCAGCCUCGGCCUCGACGGUUCAAUGACGGUCCGGUGCCCGCCUGGCUGCGCCCAAACCGACACGGUCUACGGAACACAGAUCUACCAAGAAGAGUCAAACAUCUGCGCGGCUGCCAUUCACUCGGGCCUCAUUGAGAACAACAUCGGAGGAAUCGUGACCUUGCAGAAGAGUGAGCCACAGAAGGCCUACAACAGCUCCGCCAGAAACGGGAUCGCCUCGAAAGUAUAUGUGAACAAAUUGGCUCCGUCUCCGUCUUACACUUUUGCUGACAAGGAGCCGAGAUGCUUGGGACCUGAAUGGGAGGAGUUUGCGGACUUUUGCUACAAACGUUUUGAUGAGAGGAAGACGUGGUACGGCGCUCGACAAGCCUGCUCCUGUCUGAAGGCCGAGCUGGUGUCCAUUCGGUCCAAGGUUGAGCGGGAUUGGCUGCAAGACCUCCUGACGUCAGCCCACGGCAAGACGUGGAUCGGACUGAACGCCCUGGUGGUUCCCGGCAAAUUCGUGUGGUCGGACCACCAGAAGGUGACCUUAACCAACUGGGCUCCGCAAGAACUUGGCGACAGGUUGGAGAAAUGCGUGGCCGCCCUGAGCCAGUCUGGCAAAUGGAAGAUGAUGUCGUGCGAGCAACUCAACGGCUACAUGUGUAAGAUGCCCACAGACCGUUAUGGGCUGGAUGGAAAGGCGUCAAUGCAAGUGGCGAGUAAUCAUUUGAAUGCAAUUGACCUUGCAUGAUCGUUCUGUUUGAUUUACCAUGCAUUUUGAUUGACUGAUUGAUGCAUUAUUAUGAUUGAUUUACCAUGCAUUAAUCUUUUUCUUAGAUUUACCAUGCGUUAUUACAUUUUGAUUGACUGACUGAUGCAUUAUGAUUGAUUUACCAUGCAUUAAUCUUUUUGUUCGAUUUACCUUGCGUUAUUAUUCUGUUUACUUCUUCUUCUUGACUUAACAUGUGAUAUGAUGAUUUACCAUGCAUUAUUAUUAUUUUGUCCAAUUUACCAUGUUAUUAUUCUCUUAAGAUUUACCAUGCGUUUUCAUAAUUGAUUUCUUAUAUUUCAUUUACUUAUUGUUAAAUUUACCAUGCAUUAUUAUUCCAUCUGUUGUUUUAACUU